UCCGCGCAGCCGGGCGCUGGACGAGCCGGGCCGAGGAGGACCGCAGCGGGAGCCGGCGGGCCUGACCAGCGGCGGGACAUGCAGGGAGCCCCAUCUUGGAAGCGGUCGGUCCCCGGGGCCUUCCCAGGGCCCUGGAGAGGGGGGAGGCCCGCAAUGCUGACCCUGCUGCUGCCGCUUGCUGCCGCCCUGCUGUCUGGCCGGGCUCAGCUCCUGGCAGAAGCCAGCUCUUGGUGGUCGUUAGCUAUGAAUCCGGUGCAGAGGCCUGAGAUGUUCAUCAUCGGCGCUCAGCCUGUGUGCAGUCAGCUUCCUGGGCUCUCCCCCGGCCAGAGGAAGCUGUGCCAGUUGUACCAGGAGCACAUGGCCUACAUAGGGGAGGGAGCCAAGACGGGCAUCAAGGAGUGCCAGUACCAAUUCCGGCAGAGGCGGUGGAACUGCAGCACGGUGGACAACACGUCCGUCUUUGGGAGAGUCAUGCAGAUAGGGAGCCGGGAGGCCGCCUUCACCUACGCGGUGAGCGCGGCCGGGGUGGUCAACGCCAUCAGCCGGGCGUGCCGCGAGGGCGAGCUGUCCACCUGCGGCUGCAGCCGCUCGGCGCGCCCCAAGGACUUGCCCCGGGACUGGCUGUGGGGCGGCUGCGGGGACAACGUGGAGUACGGCUACCGCUUCGCCAAGGAGUUCGUGGACGCCCGGGAGCGGGAGAAGAACUUCGCCAAGGGGUCCGAGGAGCAGGGUCGGGUGCUCAUGAACCUGCAGAACAACGAGGCCGGCCGCAGGGCUGUGUAUAAGAUGGCAGACGUAGCCUGCAAGUGCCACGGUGUCUCGGGCUCCUGCAGCCUCAAGACCUGCUGGCUGCAGCUGGCUGAGUUCCGCAAGGUGGGGGACCAGCUGAAGGAGAAGUAUGACAGCGCGGCUGCCAUGCGCAUCUCCCGCAAAGGCAAGCUGGAGCUGGUCAACAGCCGCUUCAACCAGCCCACCCCGGAGGACCUGGUCUACGUGGACCCCAGCCCUGACUACUGCCUGCGCAAUGAGACCACAGGCUCGCUGGGCACGCAAGGCCGCCUCUGCAACAAGACCUCGGAGGGCAUGGAUGGCUGCGAGCUCAUGUGCUGCGGCCGGGGCUAUGACCAGUUCAAGAGCGUCCAGGUGGAGCGCUGCCACUGCAAGUUCCACUGGUGCUGCUUCGUCAAAUGCAGGAAGUGCACCCAGACCGUCGAUCAGUUUGUCUGCAAAUAGCCCGAGGGGCUCCCGGGCCUCGCAAAGUCUAUAUUAUAUAAAUCUAUAUAAAUAUAUUUUAUAUUUGUGUAAAUAAAUAGAUGGAUGCUAAAUAAUUAAAAGAAGAAAAUGGAAAGGAAAAGCUUAUUUAAGAGACGCUGGAGAUCUUUGAGGAUUGGACUUUGGUGGGUGGGAGAAAGGACUUUUUUUCCCCUCUCCCUCUUCUGGGGAUUCUCAGGAUUUGGAAAUAUUUACUGUCCAUCCGAGAAGAUGCUUUCGUUGGCAUCUGGAGCCUUUGUUCGUAGGCGAGUGCUGCGUCAGCCCAGCCGUUAGCCAAGAGGCCCUGUGAAAAGAAAGUGGGAACUCGGUUUACACUGUGUUGUCUCGAGGGUCUUAUUGAGAAUAUUGAUCAGUGCAGUAAGCCACCAAAAAGGUGCUUUCUCACCUUUCACUCGCAUGCAGACUUACAGAAUCUGCAGUUUCAGGAACGGCUCUGUCCCGUGUCUGCUCUGCCCGGAAGACCUAAACUAAGGAAGGUGCUUGCCCUUCUAGCAAGAAUGAUUCUCCCUCCACUUUUGAGGAGCUCCUGCCCCAAGUCCCCUGCACCAGAGGGCAAGGGGUCUUCUGGCCUGACAUUUUGGGGACGGCACGUACUGGAUAUUUAUGCCUGGGCUGCAGAAAUCCAUGUGUGUGACUGGACCGUGUGAACACUGCACUGUCCUCUUGCACGGGGAGGGGCACUCGCUGCUGCUGCUGCCACUUCUCCACCCGGGAGGCCUUGGGAGCCAACCGGACGCCCGCAGGGAGGCCCAGCCCGCCUGGCUCCCUCCCUUCAUCUCUGUUCCAGAUGUCCAGCUCCUCUGUGGCAUUAAAGAUCCCUCACUGAG